AACCCAACUUCUCUGUUGCACCAGGUUGGAAAGGUGAUGGAUGAAUACUUACGACUAAGACAUAUUUUUUUUCAUUUGACAAUGCUAAUUAUGUAUAUGAACGGCUCCUUGUCACCAGUUAGUCUAAUAUUAAGGGGCUUAAAAGUUAUAGCUUGAAUGUAUUCAUUAGAGCUUUACUUCCGCUUGACGUUCAGAACGAGGCUGCAAACAGUAUUAUGCUCAACAUAAUACAAACAAUACACAGUAAACGAGCGGAGGUUCGUUAACGUUACGGCCUACUGUUGUUCAUCAUACAUUACAAUUUCUAUGUUAAAAGGCCGGAAAACAAACAAGAUCACCAUAUGAUAACUCUCUUUUAAGUUUGUAUAAUAACCAAUCAGUAUGGAUUUCCUUGUGUCUACCUAAAACUUCAUCGUCACUAAGUAUAGUAGUACGUUUCCUCGUGGCGCGCGUGCGUGUUUUUUUUUGUGAUUGUGCCGCAAAGGAGUUUCGGCAGUCAAGUAAUCAUAAGCGGCGGACGUCGUCCAAGGUGAGACGCGGGAACAAUGGCUUCUGUCGCCGCGUGGCUUCCGUUCGCCCGUGCGGCUGCCAUCGGUUGGGUGCCGAUUGCUAAUAACCCUCUCCCAGCUCCGCCAGUAACGAGAGAUAAAAGCAGAAAAGAAGAUGAAAAGUUUACUAUUAAUGUCAGUGGAAGACGUUUCCAAACGUGGCGGAACACAGUAGAGAAAUAUUCUGACACGCUGCUCGGCUCAAACGAAAGGGAAUUUUUCUUCGAUGAAGAAAACCAGGAGUAUUUUUUUGAUCGCGAUCCUUUUCUAUUUCGACAUGUUUUGAAUUAUUAUCGUACAGGUAAACUUCAUUUCCCUAAACACGAGUGUCUCAUGGCAUACGACGAGGAGUUGGCUUUCUUCGGCAUCAUCCCGGACGUCAUCGGGGAUUGUUGUUACGAGGACUAUAGAGACAAAAAACGGGAAAACGCCGAGCGAAUCAUGGACGACAAACUGUCCGAAGCUAACGAACCUAAUGACACAUCCAAUUAUACAAUUCGUGAGAAAAUGUGGAGGGCGUUCGAGAACCCUCAUACCAGCACAGCGGCUCUAGUGUUUUACUAUGUAACAGGGUUUUUUAUCGCUGUGUCGGUUAUGGCUAAUGUUAUAGAGACCAUCCCUUGUAACAUGGAUCCAGACACCAGUGAAAGCACCUCUUGUGGCGAUAUUUAUAAAACGGCAUUUUUCUGUCUGGACACGGCUUGUGUUAUGAUCUUCACCGCUGAGUAUCUGUUACGUUUGUAUGCAGCUCCGAACAGGUGUUACUUUAUGAGAAGUGUUAUGUCCGUUAUUGACGUGGUCGCCAUCUUGCCCUACUACAUAAGUCUGGGGAUGACCAAUAACGAGGACCUCUCUGGAGCCUUCGUUACUCUAAGGGUGUUUCGGGUGUUUCGAAUCUUCAAGUUUUCCAGACACUCGCAGGGGCUACGGAUCCUUGGUUACACCUUGAAAAGCUGCGCCUCUGAACUCGGCUUUCUGGUGUUCUCUCUUGCGAUGGCUAUUGUCAUAUUUGCCACUGUGAUGUUCUAUGCUGAGAAGAACGUCACGGAUACAAACUUCACCAGCAUCCCAUCAGCUUUUUGGUACACCAUUGUCACCAUGACUACCCUUGGGUAA